AUGUCGAGAUUGGAUCCCGGCAAGCAGAACCUCGAGGUCAAGUCGCUAGACCCCAAUCACUCGCGGUUGAAUCCCGAAGCGUCCCGGCUUCGGAUCAACGACAUCAUCAAGGACUUGAGCAUCAACCAUGCGCAUCCCGUGUCGCCGCAGGCGAACACUUUGACUGUGUUGAGCUCAGUUUUCAAAAACUGUGACGAGCAAGUGCUCCUUCAGUCGUUGGUGAGUAACUCCUAUUUUUGGUGCCGCUUCUUCGCAUUGGUAGCCAAGUAUGCGUACAGCAACAGCUUGCUCCAUGCAUCGCUCGUGGUGCUACGAGCGACAGAGCACAUGCUCCUCACGAUGAAGGGUGUACCCAGCGACACAUUGAAGACGUACUGCGAUAGCUUCCACGGCAACCUCAACAUCAUCUCCAUCUUUGCAGGGGAGUUGAUGGGUUCUGGCGAGGCGUCCAAGAUCAACAUGGAGAUCAUUCGUGUGGUGGGCAACUACAUAGCAUGCUUGAACAAGCUCGCGAAGAAGUCUGUUACCAGCGCUGCGCUAGCGAUGGGGGAGGUAUAUCUCACCAUGAGAACCACAGGCUUUUUAACAGCGAUAUCCUAUCUCAUCGAGGAGUCCUCUGAUGACAAGCUAUAUGACUCAAUCGUCAAAGUUUUUGUGACUCCUUUGCGUUCCAUGAAGGUCAUCAUGACAAGCAACCAUGUUUCUGAAGCCACCAUGAAGCUAUCAAAAGAACUAAACUCUGCUGUGGAAAGCGCAUUCUACCUGAACAAGGCGGCCAAGGAACAGUUCUUGGCCAUCAACGAAGAUUACAGUGAUCCAACUACGCUAACGCUUCUACAAAUAGUCGAUGCAAUCACUGUUUUAAGGGAUGAUAACCUUUCGUUGAAAAAGCGCAUGGCAGAACAGUUGAUGUUUGACAAACAUCCAUUUCCGUUGCUUGCAGGCUGUGUUGGUGUGACGGAUAUGUUAUUUAACCAUUUUAGUGUGAACUCUGAGAACAAGGACAUUCCGCGUCAUAUUACACAGCUAAUGUUAAACAAGGAUGCUGUUAUGUUUGCAGUGGUGCAUAAGUUGACGCUCUACUGGUCAUCUUCUAAGGCCAAAAGUAGUGAGGAUCUAGCCUGCCUCUUAGUGUUACUCAAGCAUCUGAUGGACAAGGUCGAUUCGACGGUGAACUCGAAUGCGGGCGUUGACGAGACGCCGAUUAUCGAGAAGACAUUGGAUAUAAUAAACAACAUGUCAUAUGAAAGUCUCAGACAAUUGCAGCUGAAACAGGUCAAGGCAAAGCAUUACCAGAAGUGGAAUCAGUAUGGAUCGAAUUUCAACACUAUGCUGUCGCACCAAGUUGAGGAUUACGUACGCCAACAGAGGAUAUACCAGUUACAGACGGGUACCUGGGUCUAUGCAGAGGACCCUACCAGCGACCGCAGGUAUAAACAUCCUAAGGUUUAUUUCUUAGUGUUAUCAGACAAUCACAACAAUCUCUUGGCCAGGGAAUUUAAAUAUCGUCUCGAAAAGACCCCGACAGUCGACCAAAAUGAGAUAUUGACAUCUGAUGUGGAGGGUAUAGUUGGAAACACGACGCUCAUGAUUCCAUUGAGGCGUGUGACAGAUUUCCAAUCAAGAGAACUCAAAUGGAACAAGGAAUUGCCAAAACAUCGUCGUCUGAUUAACAUCAUCAGCAAAGCUGUUUUCACCGAAGUCCAGCUAAUGGGCAAGACUGGGAAACCGUUGAUCACGUUUUAUCUUGAUAACCGCGACGCCUCAUUCAUCUGGCUAGAUGGUCUUCAACUGUUAGCAUCGAGUCAAAAGAAACCUAAGCUUUCAAAGUCGACCAAAAACCAAAUUGACACUCUGAUUGAUAUCAGAAAGAAUAUUCAGCUGAUUGGGUUGAGUGAUUAUAAUUUUUCCUUGGGAUACAACCUUGCGGCUUCUGAGGAAGAACAGUACUAUGACAUAGACACACUAAGCACUCUCACGGAAGACUUCUUCUACGAUUAA